AUGGAGGAGUCUGGGAGUCCUCGUUUCAGGAAGCUCCAUUUCCCCGUGGGCCUGUGGAUAAAUUCUCCACGGAAACACUUUGCCAAGCUGGGCGCACGCUGGCCAAGUGCGGCAUCAGUCAAAUCUACCACUAGCUCAGAUGCAGCCUCUGUGCAUGAAGCCCCACCCACAGCCCCUCCCUCCUCUCUCUCUUUUUCCAACCCCUCUCUAGCCCCGCCCUCCCCCUCUCCCGCUCCUACCUUCCUUCGCCCCCGACCAGCCAAUCAGCAACAGUCUCGGGCCAAACGUCUAUCUCACCUUUUCUUGAGAGGGCGGUCCAAUAGUGAUCGUGACCGCGCGAUUGGAGAGCGAGAAAGGGAAUUGUGGGCACAUUCGGCCGCCCCUUCAUCACAUCACUUCCUGCCCCCUGCGUCAUCCUCCGCCCCAGGGCUGGUUAAAAUCUACGGCGAUGCCCUCUCAAGUGGAGCUAACUACCGUAGCUUACUGGCCAACAUCCACUCUACUGCCCGACAACUUAUCCAACAGGUCAUCACCCGUUACACUGAGAGGGAGAGGGAGAAUGAGAGUGAUGACAUAGCUCUCCAGAAACAUUCCCCGGAGGACUUCCUGUUGUGUGAUGUCAUUGGAAAGCCCAUUCAGCAGGCAGAUGGAGGUGUCCAGUGGCAGACAGAGUGCCGGAGGGGCGUGGCUCCCUGGGAAUGCCCCCUGCUGUUGGUGGACAUGUGGAGGCCCAAGGAUGGCUUUGAACGGCGCUUUGAGAUCCAGCGCCGUGAUGAAUAUGAGAGGGAGGAGAGAGAAAAAGAGAAGGAGAGAGAGAGGGAUGGAGAAAACUACCAAGUGCGCUGGAGACGCAACAGGAUGGCCUCAGGCAGUGGUCCUGAAGAGGAGCGGGGUCACCGGGGGAGAAACACAGAGCUCCGGCGGAGCAUCAGUGAUAUGAACCUGAGCCUGAGGCGUCGCCAAGGUAACCAGGCUGCCAACGACGCCAGGCAUGGGGGAAACACACCAACCAACGGUGGACCACCGGACAGGAAGAACAUUGUGAGCAUGAUAGCCACAGAGUCAGGAGAGGUCACUGGUUCGAGGGUCCUAGGUGAGGCGGAUCGACACUCGCGAGCAGUGAAUGAAGAGAGGGACACCUGUGACCUGGAAGUGAUGUCGCAGAGCCUGAUCCUCCCGCCCACGGACCGUCCAUACUUCCUGUUGCUGCAGGGCUAUGACCAAAGCAAGGACUUUGUUUUGUACAUCAUGGCGAGCCACACGCAUGUUUUCGGGAGGAAGCCAACAUUCCGCGAGAGGGAGAAGGACAGGGAGAGAGAAAGGAAGGGGAAGAGGCCUCUCAGAGUGGACACUUUCCUCUCAGCUCCAGACCUCCUUACACGACACCUUCUGGUCCGGAGGGACUCUGCUGUUCCUGACCAACCCCGUGGCCAAGCACUGGUGCGUCCAUUCAGGGGAGGAGCUGUCACUCACAAUGGAGCUGUACUGUACAGAGAAGCCGUGCUUAAACCUGGGGACUUGAUUGGGCUUGGCAAUCACUUCCUCUUCCUGUACCGUGACCCCCGAGUGACUCCUGCCCCACCCAUAGCGUUGGCCCCGCCUUGGCAGUCUGACAGCACUACUUCUUUUGGGUCUGGAAAUAUCACGGACAGACAGGAAGCUCUGAGGCAGUAUCUAGGGUCCACUGAGGCAGUGCUGAAAUUCCAGGCCAAACAGACAGAUGCCCUGCUACAGGAAAUUAUGUCAAAGAAUUCAACUCCAGAUUCAGGAGGAGGACCAUUAGCCCCAGCCUAUCUGCUGUCACUCAUGAUUGACUACGCCUCCAAACAUCUGGACCCAGCACUGACACCUCAACUGCUGUUAAAGGCAGCCAAUCAGAUAAAGGCGAUUGUGUGGGACAACAUUAAGGAGUUUGGAGACAAACAUCCCACACAAACUUCUUCAGACGCUGAGGCUGACCUUCCUCCUCCUAGCGUGCAGAAACUCUCCUCUGACCUCCGACCUCUCAUGUUUUGGAUGUCCAAUGCCACCGAACUCCUUAACUUUUUCCAGGUUAAAGUUGAGGCCAUGGAGAAAGAAUGGGAAUUUGAGGCCCCUGGUGACCCAGUUUUGUCCGCUGAUAUGGACACCUGUUCUGAGGCACUGGCACAACUUGAUGAUGUCAUCAUGCACACCUUCCAGCAGUGCGUGUAUCACCUGACGAAGACUUUGUACUCUCUCCUCCCUACCCUGCUGGACACCAACCCUUUCUCGAGCGAGGAGAAAGAGAAAGAGAAGGUCGGAGCGAGGGAUGGAGCAAACGCAGAUGGAGAAGAGGGGCACGAGGAGGGCGAUGUUUCUGCCUUGCCGCCCACUGUGGCUGGGCUGGUAGAAGUCUAUCGCUGCUCCCUGCAGCUGUCCCGUGAAGCCUGCCUGUCUCCCCCUCUCACAUCCCAAACCUUUGGCUACCUCUUUUUCUUCACCAAUACCUCGCUCCUCAACACCCUGCUUGAGAGAGAUGGUUUGUUUUCCUGGUCCCGUGCGGUACAGAUUCGCACUAAUCUGGACCUGGUCCUAGACUGGCUACAGGGGGCAGGCCUUGGAGACAUCGCCUCAGAGUUCCUCAAGAAGCUGUCAGUCACUGUCAACUUCCUGUGCAUCCCGAAGACCCGCCUUAUCCAGUCAUCUUGGGCCAGCCUACAGGAGGACCAUGCCUUGCUAAGCCCUGCCCAGCUUCACCACCUUUUGACUCACUAUAAGCUGGGACCAGCCAGAGCUCCACCGACCUGCUGGGCUCCACCCCCAGGCACUGAACUUGGAGGUGACAUUUUUGAGAGUUUUCUGGACCAUCCACCUCUGAUCCUGCCCAAUGAGGCUCCAAGUCUGGACCUUGCUCAGCCAAUCCCGACCCCUGAGCUCCAAAAGGAAGUGACACGCCUGCGGACGUUCCUGUGGGGCCUGGACCAGGAUGAACUACCUGCCAAUCAGAGAACUAGGCUGUAGAACAGGGAACAUGCCAGGUGCUGUAAAACUAUGGCCUGAAUGCAGUAUGCAUUUGCACACACCCUUAGCUUUGGCCUAUACAGCACAUCUAUAAGGCUUGAAUACAUAUCACUUUUUUUCUAAGUAAGCUUAGAGAAUUUGCCUUACAGUAUUACUGGUGUAGGUUAUAGUCCUUAAAUAUAAAGAACAUAAAUGAAAUGCUGUGUAGGGUGGUUUUCGAUAACAUCCUCACAUUGUUUAAACCAAAGGUCGAACAAUUGUGCACCUUAUCCUGCGUAAUAUCGUGUAGACAAAUACAAUGUGGAAAAUGUUACAUAAAUAUUUGACUUAGGGGAGUCAUUGCCUGGUUGCAAUGAGUACAUUUCAGUGAUAGGAUCUCUUAUUUUAUGUUUUUUAAAAAUUGAAUGUGUAUCCAUUUUUGUCUUUGUUUUAUGAAUAUAAACGCUUCUUGGUGGUGACAUAUUAUCACUUUUAUCACUUAUUCACAGAUCUGUACAAACUAAAUAUUACUGCACACUAAUGACCAGAAUAUAACACUAAAAGCUUACAACACUUUCUUUAAAGUUUGUUGAAUUAUGUUUUAAAUCUCAUCUUGAAAAGUUAACUUCUAACAAACCUUUAUUAAAACAUAGUUGAGACAUUACAGUUAUUCUGAAAAACACACCAAAAUUUCUUUUCAUUUAAAUUCCAACAAUUUAGAGCGAAAACUGCCUCAUUAUAUUCCAACAGUUACCACACUGAACUACAUGAAAUGUUGUUCACCGGUAAAAAAUUGAUAUAUUUGGAUGAUGACAUUGAAGACCAUUGUCUAGCUGCAUUAAAUUUUCUGACCUGUUGUAUAUUCACAUAUUGCUAAUAAACAUUAACGGUAUAAGACCAA